UUCAGGUACUUCGAGGCUCACCUUGCAGUUAAAACUGAACAAGUAAAACAGUCCCUGCACACAUUGGAGGGAGGUACCACUGUUCCCCAGCAGCCAUUUUACAAGGCAUACACGUACACCAGAGAGCAGUUUAUCGAGAUGAUGGAGUUCCUCAUUGACUGUGGUCCUCCUCAGCUGUACUGGGAGCCAGUGGAGGCUUUCUACAAAAUGUCCUGUGUCCCUUUAAUGCUGCAGCUGAUAUCGUUAGCCUGUGACUGGAGGACUUACUACGGCAGGAGUGACACAGUGCGGUACGCUCUGGACAUCCUGGCCAUGUUGGUGCUGGUUCCCAAAGUUCAGUUGGUGCUGGCGGACACUGUGGAGGUCCUGGACGAAACCAAUUCUCCUGUUUCCACUGUGGGUAUGAGCAUCAUCCUGGGUGUUGCAGAGGGCGAGGUGUUUGUCAAUGACGCUGAAAUCCAGAAGUCUUCUCUACAGGUCAUAAUAAACUGUGUGUGCGCCCCAGACCAGAGCAUGAACACAGCGGGGGCUUUCACUGUCACCCCCCUUAGGCCGUCCCUCCACCUCAAACAGCCGCCCGCCCCCCACAACAGAGUGCUGGUCCACAUGUGGCAGGUGGUGCAGAACAACAAUGGCAUUAAGGUGCUUCUGUCUCUGCUGUCCGUGAAGAUGCCGAUCACAGACGCCGACCUGAUUCGAGCUCUGGCCUGUAAAGCUCUGGUUGGACUCUCCCGCAGCUCAGCGAUCAGGCAAAUCAUCAGCAAACUGCCGCUCUUCACCAGCAGCCACAUCCAACAGCUGAUGAAGGAGCCGGUGCUGCAGGACAAACGGAGCGAGCACGUCCGUUUCUGCAGAUACGCCGCUGAGCUGACGGAGCGAGUGUCGGGAAAGCCCCUCCUCAUGGGUACGGACGUCUCGCUGGCUCGUCUGCAGAAGGCCAACGUGGUCGCCCAAUCACGGAUCACCUUCUCUGAGAAGGAGCUUCUCAUCCUGAUCAGAAACCACCUGGUGACCAAAGGGCUGAACGACACAGCGAACACGCUCGUUAAAGAGGCCAACUUACCCGUUAACUCCUCCUCCUGUGUCACGCCUCCCGCCUCCGCACUCAUCCCAAGGACAUGCAGGUUACCUCGGGUUGGAUCCUCUCCGGCGUCCUCCGCUGCAGCCUCCUCCACCACUCCCUAUCGCUCCCCUGUCCUUCCUCACGCCUCGUCUGCCUCUGCCAUGCUCCCCCCUCCCCCUCCUCCUCACCCGUCCUGUCACUCGUCACCUCAGGGACAGGCUUCACCUUUGCUCGGACGCAUUUUGUUCACGCGGGAACGACAAGCGACCCCAUGCAACUCAGGAAAAAAAUUCAGGGCUUUGAAACAGAAGUCUGACCACGGGGCUUUCAUACAGACUCCGGCCAUGAAGAAGCAGCUGGAGCGCCACCUCCCGUCCCCUCCGUCCCUCGACAGCAUCAUCACCGAGUACCUGAGGGAACAACACGCCCGCUGUCCCAACCCCGUCACCACAUGCCCCCCCUUCUCCCUCUUCACCCCGCACCGCUGCCCUGAGCCCAAACAGAGGAGGCAGGCGUCGCCCAACUUCACCGCCCGACUGGGGAGCAGGGUGCUGUACCCCAAAUACGGAGGUGUGGACAGAGGGUGUCUGGAUCGACAUCUCAUAUUUAGCAGGUUUCGUCCGAUGUCGAUCUUCCACGAGGGCGGUUUCACCUGUUGUGCCUUCUCAGCCCGCGAGCGUUUCCUGAUUCUGGGAACCUACUCGGGUCACCUCAAGUUUUACAACGUCUUCUCUGGACAGGAGGAGGCGAGCUACACCUGCCACAUAUCAGCCAUCACACACCUCGAACCCUCCAGGGAUGGAAAGUUGCUCCUCACCUCGGCUCCUUGGAGUGAACCUCUGUCUGCUCUGUGGAGUGUGGACAGCGUCUUCAGCAGAAAGCACUCGUUUGUAGACGAUCACUACGUGGAGUUCAGUAAACUCUCUCAGGACAGAGUCAUCGGCACCAAGGACCAAGUCGCACACAUCUAUGACAUCCAGACGGGUCAGAAGACACUCACCCUGAACGACCCCGCCCUGGCCAAUAACUACAAGAGGAACUGUGCCACCUUCAGCCCCACGGACGACCUGGUGCUGAACGACGGCGUGCUGUGGGACGUGCGGGCGUCUAUGGCCAUCCACAAGUUUGACAAGUUCAACAUGAACAUCAGCGGGGUUUUCCAUCCCAACGGCCUGGAGGUCAUCGUCAACACAGAGAUCUGGGACCUGAGGACCUUCCACCUCCUUCACACCGUCCCCGCUCUGGACCAGUGCAGACUGGUCUUCAACAGCAACGCCACCAUCAUGUAUGGAGCGAUGCUGCAGGCAGACGACGAGGACGACGCCAUGGACGAGCAGAUCAAGAGUCCCUUCGGCUCGUCCUUCAGGACCUUUGACGCCACGGACUACAAGCCAAUUGCGACCGUGGAUGUGAAGAAGAACAUCUUUGACUUGUGUACAGACAGCAAAGACUGCUACCUGGCUGUCAUCGAGAAUCAGGACACGGUGAGCUUGGACACGGUGUGUCGUCUGUACGAGGUGGGACGACAGAAGCUGGCAGAAGAGGGAGACGACGACGAUCAGGAUGAAGACCAGGACGAUGACUCCUCGGACACAGAUGAUGAUGACGAUGAUGAUGACGAUGAUGACGAUCUGGACACCGACCGGCUCAUAGACGAAAUGGUGAAUGAUGAAAACGCAGAAGAAGACGGGGACGAGUCGCCCUCUCCCACAGACGAGGAGAUUGCAGAUCUUCUCGGCAGCAACAGCGAUAACGACAACAGUGAUGACAAUGAUGAUGACGACUCUGAAGACUCGGAUCAUUCAUACAGAAGUGAUGAAGGAUCGAGCGUGACUUUUGACUUUGAAAACAUGUUGUAUCCAGAGCCCUCAGAUGACGACUUGUCUCAGUUGCUUCGGGCUUACAGCAGCAGCUCGUCCCCCUGACCCCGGGAUGAGAUGAUCGUCUCUCUUCUGUCAAAACGAAAGCCAACGUGGACUUUUCUUUUUAACCAUCAUUUCUCCUUUAACAGGCAAGUAAACUGUGAAUACACCGCUAUGCACUAAAGCUUCCCAGAGGAGGACAAAACAUAUCUCUGAUUUACUCUCUAUGUUCUGAACUUACGAGAGACGACAAUGACGGCAAAUAAAUGAUUACCCAUAGUUCAUGGGGCUCAGGAGAAUAAACGGACUCUUCACUCGGCUGUCGGAGGAUUGACAUUUGUUUCUCUGCUCGACAGAAGAGGUUUCUCACGUUCUCAAAAACAUUUUCUCACAGUCUUGAGCUCACAUGACCUCUCGACUAACAGAGGAACGUGAUCGUCUGUCGAGGAGUUUUCAUUAUAUGUUCCCCUGUGUUCUCAUCAAUGAAUCAUUCAGGUUAAAUCUAAAGCGCAGAAUAUGAACACCUGGAUGUGAUAUUAGAUUUUCUUGAAUCCUCUAGACGCGCUGUUUGUAAGACUGAAUCCAUUUACUUCCUCUGAGAGUGGAUUAAGGUGUUGAACUCUAAAGUUUCAUGAUUAAAGGGCAAAUAUUUCAAUAAAGUCAGUAAGGAAGCACAGAAACAGCCGGGCGCCUUUAAUACUUUGGAAACCACUUAUAUUUUCUCAAACUUGAUCUUUACGUCUGCUCAUGGAUCUGAUUGGCUCCUCCUCCACCCUAAUCUCUGCUUUGCCUCCAGAUUUUACAAACUUCUGUUUUACCGUUCAAAUCAUCAAAAGUAAAAACUUUUAAAGAAUUGAACUGCCCUCUUCUUUAGGAAGCAGUAGAUACUUAAUGUGCACAAUGUCUAAACGGCAACUGUGCAAUCCAAUGCACUGCUGCUUUGCUCAUUUUGAGCCCGUUGUUUUCAUUAAAGGUGACAUAUCUUCCUCCUCUCCAACCAGUUUAAAUAAGUCUAAGAGCUCCCCAAAAUGUCUGUGAAGUCUUUUGUUCUAAAUCCACUCUGAUCCUGUAUUUGAUCAUGUCUAUAAACCCCUCUAUUUCAGCCCUGCUCAG